AUGAAGCCACAGUAUGAAAUGUGGAGUGCUAUCAAGAUCACAGUUGUGAAGGUCAUAGGUCCAAAAGAAACCGAAAGCUUCCCUAAUGCGAAGUUUAAGAUUGUGCGAGGUUCUGCUAGUCAGGCACGGGAACGAAAUGACGCCAACUUUCUCAAGGCCAGUUUCUUCCUUGCUGAUAAACACAUGUACUUCACUACUUUCCUUGAGUAUAGUUUGGAAAUGAUUAAUAAAUUGAAAGGCAACAGCCUAGGAAAUAAGAAGUGCUUUCCGGAUAUGAUCUUCUGGUAUAUCCAGGUUUGCAAGUCUCUGUUGAGCAUCAUUCCUAAGGUAUUUGAAGUGUAG